AUGUUCUUAUUUUUGAAAGUUGCUGCUAUAUUAUUUGGAGUUGUGAUUCAAAUGAGUUGUUUAGAUAUGUUCCAUUGCCAUGAAACUCAUAAGGGGUAUCAGAAUCAUGAAACCACUGUUAGUGAUUAUUUGGAAGAGAUAUUAUACAUUCCAAAAGAUAUGCUUAGAAUUAUUCAAAAAGGUAUUGACAAAGAAUUUUCAGAUAUGCUUAAAUCCUUUAUAAAAACAAGUAAGGUCCUUCGAGAAAUAAAGAAAAUAUUGAGUGUUAUCAAGAGUAUUAUUGUUCUAGUAACUAAUCUAUCAGAUGUAUGUAUUAUUAUAAUACACUUGACUAUGAAUGUUGAUGGUCCACAGAUAAAAUUAUUAGAGAAUAGACUUAUUAGUAUUAAAAAUAGAGUAAAUAAGUUUAAGGCAUUAUGGAUGAAAAAAAGAACGAUGAAAAAGAUUAUACAAAAAUUGUCUCCUCCUAUUUUAAAGGAUUAA